AUGAGUUUUACUUCUGAGGAGACAUGCAACUAUGGCGCUGCUGAAGUUGUGAGUAUUCUUCACAAGUGAAAUUAUUCUUUAAUAGCUAUUAUUUAUUAUUUAAUAGUUGCUUUUUAUAUAAAAAGUCUCAGAGUGUCUCAACAUAAAAUACAAGUUAGAAUCAUAGAAUUGUAGAGUUGGAAUGUACCAUGAAGGCCAAUUCAUUAAAACAAUUCAUCUAAUAUUUAAAUAAACACAAAACACCUCAAAUGUGCAUCCUGUAACAUAAUGGUGUAAACUGGAGUGGAGGUUAGGCUGUAUGAUGCCUGCAUCCCUUCUAAUUCUUGAAUCCAGCAAGGGUUAAAAUCCUUUGGAAGAUUCCAUUGUUGAAUUAGCCAGGGAAAGGUCAUAGUUAUCAUCUAAGUAUGGAAGUGGCUUUCUGUCAAAAGGACAAAUGGGUGGGGGUGCUCCCUCACCUGGCUCCUGUAAGAAAGACAAAACCAGAGUCCUGUGAGAGAGAGAGCUGGGCUAGAAGCAGGCAGAAGUUGAGUGUGAGAGCCAGGGCUUUUUUUUGCAGCUGGAACUCGCAUGAACUCAGUUCCAGCACCUCUCAGGUGGGGACCAUUGCCAUUCUAAGAGACUGAGGGAGGUCUUAAUGGUGAGUUCCAGCACCAAAUUUUCAAGAAAAAUAGUGGUGAGAGCCAUGUUUGAGUUCUACUUGAAUCCAAGGCUGAGAGAAGCAAUACAUUUUUAUAUAUAUUGCUUCUCCCAACAUAUGUAUAUGCAUAGCUGUCAACAUUCCCUUUUUUUGCGGGAAAUUCCCUUAUUCCAGCACCAUUUCCCACUGCUUCCUGCUGCUAUCCCGGAUUGUUAGAUAUCCCAUAGACUGUCCCCGGGACAGGUGAGGCUGCUGAUCCCUUAUUUUCAAAUCUGAAAGUUGACAGCUAUAUAUAUGUGUGUGUAUGUAAGUAUAUGUAUGUAUGUUGUUGUUGCUAUCCGUCUGUCUCAGGAGAAUCAUAAAGACAGAGUCUCCCCUGUGUUGUAAACAAAAAUUGCCCUUUUCCCUUAUGGGGUAUCCAAGAGCCCAUAUAGAGUCCUUACAUAGGUUCCCUAUUGGUAAGAGAGAAUAACAGAGGCCAAUCAGAGAAUAUUGAGAAGCAAAGUAGCUAUUAAGCUUGAUCUUUAUUGAUCUAUUGCAACAGGGUGCUCCCCUCACCCACAGGAGAGAGGAGGGACCCAGAAAAAUGGUAUGCAAGGCCUUAUAAAGACUUUUGAAAUUCCCAUCCUGUAGAUCAGGACCACCCCCAGAAACAUCAUACAGUGGUGCCUCGCAAGACGAAAUUAAUCCGUUCCGCGAGUCUCUUCGUCUUGCGGUUUUUUCGUCUUGCGAAGCACGGCUAUUAGCGGCUUAGCGGCUUUAAGAAAAAGGAAACAAACUCGCAAGAACUCGCAAGACGAAACGUCUUGCGAAGCAAGCCCAUAGGGAAAUUCGUCUUGCGGAAAGACUCAAAAAACGGAAAACUCUUUCGUCUUGCGCGUUUUUCGUCUUGCGAGGUACCACUGUACAUACAUCACAGAAGGGGUGUAACCUAAGACCAUCCCUCAGAUACAUCACACCUACAUCACAGAAAAGGCGGUCUAAAACAGAAUUUUGAAUAUUGGUUUUCUCCUGUUAUCUCCUAUCUGGCAGGUUACUUAAUUGGAUUGCCUGGGGAGCCUGGCCGUUCUUUUGUAGUGAUAAAUACUUAGUUCCUGGGCCAGGUCACAGACUCACACCCUAUUCAAACACAGACAUACCCUUAAGACAGGAUUUGUGAAGGAAAAGUCAAUGGGGACGCUUUUCCAGUUUGACCUUCCUGUGCUGAUCUAUGUAUGUGCUUGGUUGGUACACUUAUGAACAUUAUCAUAUAUCUAAGACAAUAAAAUUCCUAUCACACUGUGAGUGAAUAAAAAGAUGCCUAAAAUAUUGAAGAAUGCUCUACACCACAGAAAAUGAAAACACUGAGAACUGGCAACAGGAAGAUUUAUUUCAGAAAUGGAAAACGACUUCCAGAUCCAGUCUUAACCUUUUUUCCAUAGCAGUCAGUGCAUUUAAAACACAUGGCUUUCCCCCAAGGAUCCUGGGAACUGUAGUUUGUUAAGGGUGGUGGAAAUUGAAACUCUGAGGAAACUACACCUCCCAGGAUUCUUUGGAAGAAGCCAUUGUGCUACGGAUAUGACCAGAGUCCCAUUUGAUGGGCAUCUGCUGUUUCUGCCCCUUGUGUGAUGAUGAGACUCCAACAGAAUCAGACAAGAUUCUAAAUAAAAACACCAGGAAAUUUUUUACACAGCUUUCCCCAUGAGACCUUUAUUGGGGAGUUUUGCGCAGUGCAACACCUGCGUUCAUAGUAUAAGUCACAGUAUAUGUGGUAACAAUAAGAUUCUCUGUAAAUACGGUAGGUGCCAGACAAAAACAUUCCUCUACACCAACGGCCUUUGACCCAUCUACGUACAGCCUUUUAAAUGGUUUUGUGCGUGGGUGGAGUCACAGUUUUUUGUUAUGUAUUUUUGUAUUUCUAUACUAAAUACAGUAGUGGUAAUAAGAAAUAGCGUGUGCAUUUUCUCUGAAAUGGAAUUCGACUUUGAGAGGCGGAGAGGCAGAGCAACUGGGCUUCAGUUUUUACGCCGCGCUGGCUCCAGAAGACGAGGACGUGCAGCUACAGUUAGGGAAUGGGGCCAAACGCGACACGCGUUGCUGCGGAUACUUCCCAUGGGAAAGAGAGACCCGCGUGCGCGCCUGCGCGGUGCCUUAUCUGCGCCCCCGGACCUUCUCCUCAUGGCUCUCUCGGGAGGCACGACUCUCUCCCGUCAGACCACACGAGUAACAAACUCUCGCGAUGCGGCCGGACGUGUGACCUCUUAGUCUUGCGUGAGCACGCACGGCGCCGCCAUCUUGGGAAGCAGCAUCACGUGACUCCCAACGGUCGUCUCCUCGACCUCCUCCUUUUUGCCCCUCCCAACGGGGAAAAAAAUCGGGCCUAGGCCGGCCCUCGAGCCUGAGGCGGCAUCUUGCGGGUUACUCCAGCGAACUACGAGCCGGCGUCGGGAUUCACGGAGGGGGUUCGCAUUUGAGAAACCUCCCCCCGCCGCGCCUCCCCCUCCCCUUCGCAUUCCUCCGAAGUGAGGGAAGAGCGUGAGGAAACGGCGGGCCACGUGACCGAGGGACGCGGCGAAGGAUCGUCCGGGCAGCCCGCCACGUGAUGCGAGGGAAGGCGGCGAAGGAGCUUGUGGUGACGACGCCGAGGAGAGCAAGGAGCACGCGUGCGCACUGGCGUUUCCCUGGGCGCGAGGGGCCAGGGAGACGGGAGGGGCGGCGGAGUCCGGGCGAUGGUCACGUGGCUGCGCAGUGGCGUCGCGCGUCUCCGGGCAGAAGAAGGCGGCGGCGGCCGCAGCAGCUCCGGCAGCCGAGGCGUCCUGCUGAGGUCACGUGGCGCAGCGUCACCCGCCGCCGCGAGCCUUUCCCUCGUCGCGCGCCGCCGCGCCGCCCCCUCCCUCCCCCUGCCCUCUCUGCGCGAGGGGAGGGCAGGCGGGCGCGCAAAGAUGGCGGCGGCGAGUUAGAAAGCGGCUGAGGCGUCGAGGAGGGAGAGCAGCUCGGCGGAAGGAAUCCCGGCCAGAGUGAGUCCCUCCUGCCCCGACCCUUCUGGGGGGUUUUUGGUUUUCAUUCGUCGGUGGGGGGUCCCUCCGCUGCCGCCCCGCCUUCUCUCUCUCUGUCUCUCGUAGCUUUGCUGUAUUGAAGGAAGAAGCGCCCCCCCCCGCUCUCCUUCCCCACACGCACCGUCUCUCAGGUGUUGCUCUCGGGUCCCCUCCCUCAGUGCUGCACAGGGGAACGUUUUCUGCCGCCUCUUCCCUCCCCUCAGCGCACCCCAGACGGGCUUAAGAACAACACAGCGCAGAGCCCUGAAGUUCUCCGUUGCAUUGCGGGGAGGGGGCUCUUUCUUCCCCCAGCCCUUCAGCUUGAGAAUAAGCAUAACUGGCCCCAUAUAACACACAUAAAAGAGGAGGAAUUUGCUCUAAAGCCACCCCUGGGAAGAAAGUAACUGAGCUGGUGUGUCGUCUCCUUCGCACACUCGCCCCCCCCCCCCAAAAAAAAUUCUUACGGGUUUUCCUUUCAAUUUGUCUAUGGUGCAAGGGGUCUUCUUCCCCAUUAGGAAUGGGUUUUUCUACUUUCUUUGCGGUUUAUGCCAAGCUGUUUUACUGUUGGAAAAGCCUUGCAGCUCCUGGUGCGGCUUAGCUUGGUGCCCUCGAGUUACUGUUUGACUGCAGUUCCCAUCAUGCUUCAUCAUUGACUAUGCCAGCUUGUACUGAUGCGUAUUGUAGUCUAGUGAAAUAUGGAGGACAGCACAUGGGCUACCACUGACCUAGUGUCUUCGUUAGGGCAGGGUCUUGUUUCCACCUUAAUUGAACUAAUCAUCUAGCACCCCCUGCUUCCACACAGGCUGGGCAGAGAAGAAAGAUGGUGAGGACUGAGUGUGUAACAGGUAAUCCCCUAAAUGUAUAGCACUGUAAUUGUAUAUGGUCCAUUAAAAAAAAUCUAAUCAUUUCUAAACCAAGGUCCUUGCACACACCUUGCUUAAAUUUAAAUGUUAAUAUCAGUGGAUACAUCAAGAUUAGAGAUAGUAAAGAAGCAUGGUCUUUCAACUCCAGUGUUUUGAAAUAGCAGCUGGCUGUUCUGGCUUGCUCUAUAAUGUAUGGAGCCUUUUUCAGUGAGCUGGGAUUUAUGCUUCUUUCUUUUGUUUGUGAAAGAAGUUACAAUCUUCAGCUUAUAGCCCUUUGUCAAAGGAUGCCUUGAGCUACCUUGUUGAGGUGUGUAAGUUCUAAAGAGAAUUGGCUGCAUUUAAACGUGGGGACAGCUGUAGUUCUGCCUGCCUGACUAAGCAGAAAUCAUUUUCAUUCCUCGAUGUUUCUAGUUCUCUUUCCUUAUCUCAGCAAGCAGACUUUCAUCUUUCAGCGAAAUGUAAAAGUCUGCUACUAAGAGGGGGUGUUCUAGUUGAUCAAUCAAUACCAUGUGUAUAACAAUUACAAAGGUGGAUCUAACCUAACCUGGAGGUUUAUGUCCUGCACAUGUGGUUUAUGUGGAAGGCUAAGAUCUGGUGAUCCAUAUAGGAACUUUUUCGCGGCAUUCCUGUGGAAUCAUCAUUGUUUGGAAAACAUUAAUUUGUGAAAUAGAUCCAAAGUCUGUUUAACCCAGAGCCAGGGAACUUGUGGCCUUCCAGAAGUUGCUGAAUUGCAACUCAUAUCAUCCCUGGCCAUUAACCCUGCUGGUUUAACUUUGUGAACAUAAUUCUCAGAGUUUGAUAGGGGAGAACAACUUACCUGGAUCUAUUUUGUGACAUGAGUAUAUUUUCUUGCUCCAAAGACAGAAAACAUUCUGCUUGAAAUAAAUGGCACUUUUUGAAAGCUGUUGUAUUCAACUUAAAAUCCUGAUAAAUGACUGUGGUAAUUUUCACAGGCUUUCCUGAGAUUCUCUUUUAAAAAUGAAUAUAUUUUAUCCAUGACCUAGUUUCAUAUUAUUAGUUAUUAAAUGUAUUAAUCAUUUGUUACCUAAAAUGUCUGCAAGUGACUUGCAUUUAAAAACAUAUACACAAUACAUUGUACUGUAGGCAAGAGGGAAAUGUCUCAUGCAACAUAUAAAAACCCCACCCCCAGUUACAGCUACAGGAAGCUUUGGUUGUAAACCAAACUCAACUGAAUUUAUCAAAGGCCUGGGUAAAUUGUCUCUUAGACUGGUGCUGAAAAGAUUUCAGUGAAGGUGCCAAGCAGGCCUCCUAAAGAGAGCAUUCCACAGAUGUGGGACCACUAUUGAAAAGGCCGUCUCCCUUUGCCACCACCACCUGUGGUGAGAGCCAGUGUGGUGUAGUGGUUAAGAGUGGUAGUCUCGUAAUCUGGGGAACCGGGUUCGCGUCUCCGCUCCUCCACAUGCAGCUGCUGGGUGACCUUGGGCCAGUCACACUUCUUUGAAGUCUCUCAGCCCCACUCACCUCACAGAGUGUUUGUUGUGGGGGAGGAAGGGAAAGGAGAAUGUUAGCCGCUUUGAGACUCCUGAAGGAGAGUGAAAGGCGGGAUAUCAAAUCCAAACUCCUCUUCUUCUUCUUCUUCACCUUCCAAGCCUCCCUCAGAGGAGGGACCUGGAGAAGGGCCUCACAUAAUGAUCUAAGGGUCCAGGUAUGUUCAUUUCUGGAAUGCCUUUCCCAAUAAUAUUGGGCUCCUGAACCAUAAAGAAUAUUAAAAGUCAAAACCAGCACUUUGAAUUGGGCUCAGAAGCAUACAGGCAACCAAUUUAAUGUGAACAGAAUUGGUGUUCUGUUCUGUUCAUCUUAAACCUGUGAGGCUGCAGUAACUGAAGCUUCCAAACUGUUUUCAAAGGCCCCAUCCAUCAGUUGGAGGGCAAAGUGUUGUACUUUAUUACAACCAGUAUAAUCCACCUUAAAAAUGAUUCAGGUGGAAGGCUUCAUAUAUAUAUAUAGAGAGAGAGAGAGAGAGAGAAAUUGUCAAAACUUAGUAGAGCUCUUGAUGAAGCUGCACACAACUUUAGAGACCAAUUCAGUUCAUUCAAAACUCAAGGGAGAAUAACCUUUAUAGUAAAUGUGUUUUAGUAUUGCUUUUUGAUAGUUCACUCUGUGCUCUUCAUUACUGGAAACUAAUGGUAUCACCUUGUUAUGGGAAGGGUUAGUCUAAUGCAAACAGUUGUAGUAAACGAAAGAGAAAUUGUGGCUCUGCGUUUAAAGUUAACAGUAUUGAAUAUGGUCAGAGUAUAGCAACCAUACAUGCUGAGCAGACUUUACAGAAAAGUAGAACCAAGUGAUAAUGUCCAUAUUAAGGACCCAAAGCAGAAAAAUAAAAGUAUUGGGGGUGAUACUUUAUAAUUUGGCCAACUUAUCCAGGUGGCUGUGGCCAACAUGUGAUACCCCUUUCUUAUGUGACACAGGCACUCCUGGAAGAGGGUAGAAGAACCCACUAGCUUACAUGUGGCAUAGUCAUGCCUGCACUCCUGCCUACUAUCAUGCGCAGAAGACAAGAUCCCUGGCCAUUCGCCAUUCUUGCUAGGGCUGAUAAGAGUUGUAGUUAUAAGGGUUCCCUACCUCUGACCUAAUACCUCAGACUUUAGGUUCACUUGUCAAAACAGUUGGCCAUCACUGGCUUGGCGAAACAAGGCGUGCAGUCCUCUUAACUAUGAACUGUUGUCAGAAUCCCUCUAUAUCUAACAGCAUAGUUAUUUGUAACUUAAGUUCCACUGCUCUGACCAAAUCUUCCAGUGCCCUGAUUUUAUACAUGUUUAUUAGAAGCAAAUCCCAGUGACAUUAUGGUGGUUCUUUGGAACAAUAGAAGUGUGACCUAACCUAAUAGACUUUACCUAACAGGAACAACAGUUCUUCACCUAAUGCCGUGAAGACUUAAAUGCUUUAUGAAUAAUUUUAUAAUUUUAUAAGUAUUUGUAACUUCAUAGGUGCUGUAUCUGUGCUUGUGGAAAGUGCACAGGAGGAUUGUCUUCUUGAGUUCUUGCCACUUAAACCACCUAAUUGUAAAUUUGCUUUGUUUCAGAGAUGGUGGAACCAGGACAAGAUCUGUUGCUGGCUGCUUUGAGUGAGAGUGGAAUCAGCCCAAAUGACCUGUUUGAUAUUGAGUCUACAGAUAUGGGUCUUGCAACCCCAGCUCCAGCUGUUCAGCAGGUUGAUAAAACAAAAACACUUAAAUUCGUUACUGUAAUAACAUUUGAGCUGCCUUUUCUUUUCAAGUACAGUGCUGAUACUGGGUGAUUGAAAAGGGAAAAGAAUGGUAUUUUAAAAGUUACCUAUUCUACACUAAAACAAAGUGAUAGCUUGGAUAUGAAGUAACAUGGCUGUUGAAUAAGUGUGCCUAACUUCAGUUUGGGUGCAAACAUUGUAUCCUAGCCUCUUGUACAUUAAAUUUGCCCAGUUCCAAGUCAAUAAUGUGCUUUAGUGUUGUGGCUAGAGAUAGGGUGAUAAAACCUAGGAAAUAAACUUUUCGGGUUAUGUGCUGCUCCUAGUGGUAGAACGUUUAGGAAAGUUUCUCUUGUGACAUUGUAACAUUUUGUAUUUCUGCCUGUGGUGCUGCUUACGUCUUGCAAAAUUUUAAGCAUUUAAUAAUAUCAGAUCCAUCACCUGGUCAGUCUUGUCUUCAAAAUUAAUUGCAAUAACCUAGCGUCAUUUAAGCAUUUCGAUUCAUGCCAUUGAAGUCAUAUGGAGAGAGACUGUGUGCUUGUCCCACGCUUGCUACUGUUCCCUGUGCUGCCCUCCUCUUGAUACUGAGGAGAAGAUGUGUGUAGGCUAAUGGUGUAAGCUAUAGCAUUGUUUCUCAACUGGUGGCCAUAUGGCCCCCUGGGGCCCCCCCAGGUUAUUUCAAGGAGGCCACGGGUAAAUGGGGGGGCCAUGGCACAAACACAAGAAAAUAGAAAACAAGUAGCGUGAACAGAGAAGUGACCACGCUUCCCAGUGGAUGAAUCGCCACGCAUACUCUAUGGCAGCAUUGCUUCCCCUUCUCCUUCCCACUUCCACACUCCACUACUGUUUGCACCAAGCUGUCCAGUAGGACAGAAGGGCCACAGGAAGGAAACAAAAUCGGAAGUGAGCCAUGGUCGGAAAAAGGUUGAGAAACACUGAGCUACAGCACUGCGCUUGCAUGGAGGGUGAGCGUGCAGGGCACCACUGUCACUCCAUAUAGAAACUCCAUCGCAGAUGCCUGAAGAGGACUCGUACAAUCACUAUAUAAAAAUAUGUGUUGUCAUCUAGACAUUGCAUGAGGUCACAGUUGUCAGUGUUUUUUAUUUUUCAGUAGUAAGUGCAAGAGUAUCUUGUGUGGAAUAUCUGCAUACCUGUUGUGAACACAUAUUGCAUGUCUGCGCAUACAGUAUCUUCUUUGGGAUAUAUCUAAGAAAAAAAGCUCUCCUCCAACUGUCAUUUGGUAUUAAGCCAUUCACUCAGGUUGCAGAGCAAUUUCAUUGCUGGCUGAGAGACCAACUGCCUUUGGCUUCCUCUUGACUGUAGACUGUGUUAAAUAGAUAAAUAAAAAGGCAAAGCAAGUCAGAUGCUUGUCUUAAUUGAAUGCUGUUUCCAAGAUAUGUUCCACAAUGUGACUUUAUUCUCUUGUCUUUCUUUAGUCAGCCCCAGUUAGUGCCUUAGAACUGGGCAUGGAGACUGAAGCAUCACUUGCUGUUAAAACAGAACCACAGACUGCAUCUUCUCCAGCUGUACUGAACAUCAGGGUAAGAGAAGUAAAGCCUUAAUUACCGUAUUUUUCAACCUUCAGUGGUGCCCCGCAAGACGAAUGCCUCGCAAGACGGAAAACCCGCUAGACGAAAGGGUUUUCCGUUUUUGAGUUGCUUCGCAGGACGAAUUUCCCUAUGGGCUUGCUUUGCAACACGAAAAUGUCUUGCGAGUCUUGAGAUUUUUUUUCCGCUCCCCCCCCUUAUCUAAGCCGCUAAGCCUUUAAUAGCCUUUUAGCAGCUAAUCCGCUAAGCCGAAAAGCCUUUAAUAGCCGCUAAACCGCUAAUAGCGCUAAUCCGUUAAGCCGCUAAUAGGGUUGCUUCGCAAGAUGAAAAAACCGCUAGACGAAGACACUCGCGGAACGGAUUAAUUUCGUCUUGCGAGGCACCACUGUAUAAGAUGCCCCCUAUUUUGGGGGACUCCAAUUUAAGAAAAUGGGGAGAGAUGUAUCCGUGUAUAAGAUGGCCCCAAACUUUUGACAUUAUUUUUUAGGGGAAAAACCUAGUCUUAUACACGGAAAAAUAUGGUAAGUGUGUGAGUUGGAAAUUUGCCUCUGAUGGAAUUGAUUGCAUGAAGAAAGAAAAAUGAGUAAGCACAGAUACCUUUUAUCACAGAAUGGCUUGAGCUAUGAAGAAACAGUUUUUUCUAUGGGAAACGUGUUAAACUACAGUGCAGAGUUCAGUGUUCACUGUCUUGCAUAUCAUGCUGAUUCAUGUAUGUAUUGUAUGGUUAGGGCCAAAUCUACCUUGGGGAGACAGUUUACUUGAGUAUAUUUGGAACCCUUAGUAUUGUACAGUGUAUGGUGCUUCUUAAGACCUGUUGUACUAAACAGGUCCCAAACUGCCAACACCAUCAACAUUGUAUAAUGCACUGUUCUUGACCUGUGAAUGAAACUCAGAACAAAAACAUUGGAUGCCACCCACUAUUAAAAUGACAGCUCAACAAAAAAACUAAAUAGUAAUUUGGAGGCGGGAAUCCAGGAAAAUCUUUUAAAAAUUACUUAACUUUUACCUAAGUUAGGAAACUUGCAUAGGGUAAGUUGUGUUGAGAACUUUUCUGAUGCCCCAGAGUUAACUUAGCAUGUGUUUUUAAAAACAAAAAACAAAGCUUUAUAAGUACCCCAUCUUAAUUCCCUCCCCACCAACUCACAGUUGCUCACAGUUUCUGCAUGCCAUUAAUUUUUUUUUCAUUCUUGCUGCAUUGUUGGCCAACUCCAUUUCCUCCAUUCACUGCUUUCAUUAUAUUAAUUAUUGCAAGCACUACUUUUUAUUAUUAGAUAUUAUAACCAAAUUUCUAAAAACUUAAGAUUUUAUACAAACACUUGCCCAGCUCAAGCAAACAAAUGAGACACUGCUGUGGAGUCUGAAAUUGAAACCGGAACUAUUCAGUUUUACGUUUUGCUUUCACUUGCAAGCCAAGACUAAAUAACAGUUUUAAGUUUGGUUUUCCAGCAAACGGUAAUGAUCUUUCUGUUCUUUCUGUAGCAACCACCAUCAACUACAACCUUUGUGUUGAAUCAAAUAAACCAGCUUCCUACUCUGGGAACUACCAUAGUAAUGACAAAAACAACCCCAGUCACCACUACCAGGCAGACGAUCACUGUAGCAAAAAUUAUACAGACCAGCACCACUACUAGGCCGUCAGUUGCAGCGCCAGCAGUUCGGAAUGCCCUGACUUCCACAACUCCCAAGGACCAGAUCCAGCUAAAAGAUCUGCUAAAAAACAAUAGUCUUAAUGAGCUGAUGAAGCUGAAGCCACCUCCCAACAUUGCUCAGCCGGUUGCGACAGCUGCAAGUAAGUGGCUUAAGAAGCUGACUGGAUGGAGUAUUAGUUUUCAGGGGACUUGAACAGAAUAAUCUAGCAUGCUCAUUGUUGCCUCCUUAGCCAUUUGUCUUUAUGCUAGAUCACCUUUCCUCAGCAGUCCAAGUUUUGGACUGCAGCUACCAUCUCCUCUUAUCAUUGGCUGGGGAUGAUAGUUCAUAGUUUAAAACAUUUAGAGCAGGCUUCCUCAACCUCGGCCCUCCAGAUGUUUUUGGCCUACAUCUCCCAGGAUCCCUAGCUAGCAGGACCAGUGGUCAGGGAUGAUGGAAAUUGUAGUCUCAAAACAUCUGGAGGACCGAGGUUGAGGAAGCCUGAUUCAGAGAGUACCAGAUUGGAGAAGGCUAUGUUAGAUAUUUGGUAUUCAGCCUGAUUUCUUUGGUACAGCAUCUUAAAACAAAAUGGUGUGCAAGCAUAAACUGGACAGGCCAACUAUGUUAAUGUGACGCUUCUAAAUAAGUAGUAAACUUUGUAGCAUGUAAUACUGUAGGCAAAUCUCUGCCAACCUGAUGACCUUCACAGGCAGCACUGCUGAUAGAACUUGUAGUCCAAAAUGUCUGGAGGGCACCAAGUUAGUGAAGGCCAAUGUAGGUGAAUUGCUAGGCAUGGUGUGCAUUAAAAGCUAACCUGUGUCAUGAAGUUUACAUUUGAGUACCUUUGCGAACGGGACUUUUGUUUAGAACAUACUUGCUCUGUUUCAUUUUCUCUAAAUGCAGACUGUGAUGGAAAGCAAACUCUUGCAGAAAGAUAAAGACUCCUCGGGAGGGGGGCAUUAUUUCUGAAUGAAUAGACUCUUCUUAGGUGGCAUAGAAGCACAUGAAUGUUAAAAAGCAUUUACGCUGUUACCUGUUGUGAAAAUCUCCUGUGAAAAUAGAGUUGCAUUUUAGCCUUACAUUCUGAUUCAUAAAGAUGUGGUGAAAUUGUUUUCUUUAAGUACACUUUGUCCAGGGGCCAUGGAUGUGACACAUAGAAAUUAAAUAAUUUCUACAAGUCUUUGAACAUAACAUACACAUCCCAGAAUCAUAUCAAGUGAUGAGUAAUAUUGCCAUAUUAUUGAUUUGGAUGAAGAGAGACUGCUAAAUUAUGUGUUCAUCUAAAUAACGUAAAAAUUAUUUAGACCCCAAAAUGUUGACUUUCUUCCAGAAAUAAUUGUAGUUUCUACAAUGGUGGUAAAUGCCACCAAAUCAGGUAAGAUAAACUUUGGUUUCACUGCUAAAACUGGGAAUUGGGGUUCCUCUCUUUAACCCACCCUUCAAGGUGAUCCAGAUGUAAGUUUGAUUUAACGGUGGCACCUGCACUAGUAGCCCUGGUCUAACAGCCAGCAACCUGUUUAGUGUUGCUGUGGCAGAACCUGUUGAGAAACGUUUGUUUGCUUGUUUGUUUGUUUAAGAUUGGCAGAAAUUUACAUGCUCUGACUCAGCAUUCAACUAUAGAGAAGAUUUGAUUGUAUUCUAGAAAAUUUAAUUUGUUAUAUAUUAACUUGGAAAUUUUCUCUUUGUAGCUGAUCUAAGCAAUGGUACUGUAAAAAAGGAGGCAUCUACUAAAGAGGUAGCAAGAAUAUGGAUAAAUGACAUGAAAAUGAGAAGCUUUUCUCCUACAAUGGUAGGUGCAACUUCCUCAGCAGCAAGGUAUACAUUGCUCUCUAACUGAACACUGCUCUUGAAAAUUUUAGUGCCCUGCACCCAGAAUCCAAAUAUAGAAGCUACUGAAGGAGUGCCCUGCUCCUGUAACAAAUAAGUCUACUCCUUAAGAUCUACUGAGGUCUUACUCUGCUUAUCCAGAGAUUAGGGAAAGCCUUUCUCUUGUGGUACUGUGACUUGGGAAUUCCUUACCCAGCUAUAUUCACAGGUGCCUACAGCUGUCAAGAUUUAGGUUUAUUUAAAAAAAAAAAAUACCCCACCUCCAAAUUGUUUCUGGUUUCUAUUGGACCCUUAUAAUGAUGAUGAUGAUGAUUAUGGAAACAACAAUAGCAAUAAUAAAUAUAUUUAACCAUCCAUUUAUGGCAUGCUCUAAAAAUAUUUCCGAGCCAAUCCCAAUUUAAUAUUUAAAUUUUAAAUGCAUACAUACAGUGUCUGUCUCAUUUAGUUCAUAAAAAGAAACAAAUGAAAUAAAGAUGUUUCUUUAAAGUAUUGAUAAUCCACAAAGUUCACGUCCUGCUUUCUUCUCUUACCUUUCCAAUGUUUGGCAAGCUUGCAGGAAAAGAACUUUAAAGCCUUAAAUUUAUGCAUCCAGUAUUAGCUCAAAUUACAAUGUUAAUUCGAUUCAUCCACUGGAAUGCUUAAAAAGAAAAAUCAUUAGCAGGUAUUUUAUGUAUUCUUCUCUUAGUCCCUGCAGAUUUUAUUCCAUGCAGAUCAAUAGCUGCUUGCAGGGCGGCCCUCCUCUUUCCCUCCUGGGUGUGGAUCCGAUUGAUAUAUUCUUAUUAAAUGUUGUUGUUGUUGUUUUAAAUUGGCCCAAAUUCCUUUUACUUUUUAGAGAAGUCGCUGCUUUAAUGGCAAAAUGCUUUAAUGAAGCAUUUUGUUGUGAGGUCUUGAUCGUGCCGUGUGUCUGUGCUCAAUCUCAGAGCUCCCAUGGCUCCCUCCGGAGCUUUGGGGGCUACUAGAGGGUGUUCCAGACACCACUGGAGCCUUCAGAACCUGAAUUUUCCUUUUGGGCUUUUUAGAGAAGGUGCUUUGCCAGUGCUCCCUUCCCGCCUCCUCGCAGCAGUUGGGUUGCUCAGGAUGAGCGAACCCCAUUGUCCACCAUAGCCUGCAGCACACUGGAAGUCUGGCAUAGCACUUUUAAAAGAUAAGCAUUAUUCUCUGUUGGUGUAGCAGAGUCUUUUGGCUCCAUCUUGCUGAUUAGUCUUUAGCGUUGCUGUUUCUGUAUCAACACAAUUUACAAAUAUUCAUCUUUGCUGCAGAAAGUUCCAGUAGCAAAAGAGGAAGAAGAGCCUGAAGAAGAGGAUGAAGAAGAAAUGGGUCAUGCAGAGACGUAUGCAGAGUACAUGCCCAUAAAGUGUAUGUUAUUCAACUGUAUAGGUUAUUCAACUGUUAAAAAAUAUUAAACUACAGUACAUAGGUAUACCAAUAUCUUUCUUGUAAGUAGAUAAUUGUUGUAGUCUGUAUUUGUAUAUCUCCUGCCUCUUUUCAUUUGAAGACUGGGUCUCAAUGAAUCUCUAGAUUCAUUCAUUCAGCCUUCAUUGGCAUAAUUUAGACAAUAAAAUCAUAAAAGGGGGAACCAUCCAUACAAGAUGUCACUGAGAACAUCUGCCUUCGCUCUCCGCAGAUCUCUAGAUGUUUUUCGUCCUAGUGUUGCGGGGGCUAGCAUGAUGUAAUAAAACAUACUGGGUAGUUACACAAAUGGAAGUAUGUGCUGCCCGAGGGGAAAUGCAGGAAUUUAGAAGAGGGAAUUCCUUGCAUAGGCAGAAUUGCCUUUGUGUUUAUCCAAGGCUCCUUUUAGGAUAUCACUUCAAUGAAUUAUUUCUUCAGGGCAUUUUUGCCUCUUGCUUGAGUAAGCAAUCAGCAGAUGUUUGUUUCAUGUGUUAAGUACAUUUAUGUCCUGCAUAUUCCAUCAUGGAGCUGAAGGUGACAUACAUGGGAUCUCCCAUCCAGGCAUUCUACCAACUCAAACCUCAUUAGCUUCAGCAAGGUGGCUUUAUCAUGUGGUCUAAGGCAGUGUGGUUGCUUUGCAUGCAUCUGAUUUUUUUGUGGAGCAUCUUUAGUCCCUUGCAUUUCUUCAGGAGAUAGGACUAGGCCUGUACCAUCACAUGUAAAUCUUGCAAACAAGGCUGUAUAUAAAUCAUGAGUCACACUGAGAUAGAACUCUAGUUUCUGCCCUUUACUUCAUAAACCCUCAGAAUUCUUGCUGGCUUUGUAGAUUAAGAGCCUUGUAUUUAGAGCAGUUCUUAGCUUUAGUUUUAUAAAGAGCAAAUGUUUGAAUUAGAGUCACUAAAAAUUUAUCUUGCUGAAGUAACCUCUGAUCAGAUGUUGCCUAUAAUAUUUGUAUUAUAUUCUACAAACAGUAAAAAUUGGUCUGCGUCAUCCUGAUCCAGUGGUAGAAACCAGUUCUCUCUCCAGUGUUACCCCUCCAGAAGUUUGGUAUAAGUCUUCAAUUCCUGAAGAGAGUAUUGAUAGUGGCUGGCUGUCAGCAUUGCAGCUUGAAGCUGUUACAUACGCAGCACAGGUAUGUCAUGGUUUCAUGUUUACUCAAAACGAACCAAGUUCCCGCUCAGCUAUAGAAGGUGUGGGGUUGGUGUGUCACUGAAUCUUUUAUCUUCCUUUUUUUAACAUUCUGCAGCAACAUGAAACAUUCCUACCCAAUGGAGACAGAGCUGGUUUCUUGAUAGGUGAUGGUGCAGGUGUAGGAAAAGGAAGGACCAUAGCUGGAAUAAUAUAUGAGAACUACCUCUUGGGUAGAAAAAGGGCAGUAUGGUAAGUAGAGAUCACUUAAAUGGGGGGGGGGAAUGCUAGGCAAGCAAGAUCCUUAACAUUUUUUUUGCCUGUAUCUUCACAGUUGUGUUUGCUCUCUCCUAGGUUUAGUGUUUCAAAUGAUUUGAAAUAUGAUGCAGAAAGAGAUCUGAGAGAUAUUGGAGCAAAAAACAUUUUGGUUCAUUCAUUAAACAAGGUGUGGAUUUUUUUACUAUGUACAGUUGAAGCAAAGUAUUAGGUAUGCUUGUGUGAGAUGCACGUUAUGUGAAUGCUGUAUAUCUUAGACAUGCUAAAACCUGCUGUUUAUGGUUUUGUUGCCUUCCUGCCUAAGUUGCAAUAAUAGCACACAGUUGCUUACAAUGCCGCUAUUCCAGUGCAGUAUUAUAAAAUCAAGAUGUUGGCAUGGUGUUAGAACACUGUUACAGGCUUGAUGAGCACUUCAGGAUUGGGGUGGGGGGGUGUCCAGUUAUUAAAACACAUGACAAUUGCUUGAGCUUUCUUGAGUUUAUUUGGGUAGUAAUUUGCUUCUGAACUCUUCCACUGAAAUUUGUAGUUCUCAACAAAUUUAGUUGUGGGAAAUGCUUCUUUAAUCCUUUGCUUUACAGCAUUGGAUAUCUUGCUAGACUUAUUAAUUAAUUAAUAUGAUUAGUUUUAUGAAACAUCAUUUACAUGAGUCUCCCAUGUCUUAACUAUCUCUUAGACAUUCAUAGAUUUAACAAAUCUGUUAUUAAACUUGCAAGAUAAUAGUAACAAAUGAGUUAGUGGCAACUAGAUGUUAAAUAUACAGUGGAAAAGAGUCUUAUUGAUCUGGGUGGAAGCUCUGCAUAACAUUGUAACAAGUUUUUGGAAAGAACUGCAUUUGUGCAGGUUUCUAAUUGGGAAUGGACAGAUCUAUUUCUAGUCCACUUCUGUUUUGCAUGUGUUCACUCAUAAAUCCACUCUGUUCUGCAUCAAUUGUGAAUUUUCUUAACCACACUACAGUACAGUGGUACCUCUGGUUGCGAAUGGGAUCCGUUCCGGAGCCCGUUCGUAACAUGAGCAGAACAUAGUUGCUUAUAUUGGGUAUGUGCAUCCUGUUGCAACUUUACAAUAAUUAUAUUGAUGGAAAUUGAAUGUUGGAUGUACAGGUUUGUAAAUGAAGUUUAAGGAACUAAUAGUUGUGCCAGUUGCAGGGUGUCUUUUAUACUAAUAUGGUAUUUUUAUUUUAGUUCAAAUAUGGAAAAAUUUCUUCAAAACACAACGGGAGUGUGAAGAAAGGUGUCAUAUUUGCCACCUAUUCCUCUCUUAUUGGAGAAAGUCAGUCCGGGGGUAAAUAUAAAACCAGGCUCAAACAACUUCUUCACUGGUGCGGAGAUGACUUUGAUGGAGUUGUAUCUUUUCAGUGUUCUAACUUGGUACAAUAACAGACUCUUCCCAUAGCUCUUUAAACCUGUGCCUGCACUCACUUUCUUAAGCAUGUGUGUCUUGCUGAUUUUAAAUUAUUGGACUCUCAGUCACUUGGGAAAGACAUCUGUCAAGUGUAGAAGUGUUUCCAAGCAGUCAAACUUUUGUAUUUAUAAUUAAAUGUAAAGACAUGGAUGUCUAGUUAAUUAAUAAAAAGCUAAACUGAUCUUUAAGCUGCAGUAUUUGAUUGACUUUUUAGCUCUUAGUUGAUUGUCCAGAUGGAGCACCUUUUCUUACUUGCAAAAACUUCUAAAAACUGUGUAUGUUAAACAUUGUUUUGAGGUGUUCCUCAUUCUCUUCCAAAUAGAAGGAAUGAUCUUACAAGGUGUCCACUGAAACACAUGCAUAUAUAUGUCAUACCAAAACAACCAAUAUGCACAUUUGAUUGACUAAAACUUGUAUGAUUAAUCGGCUGCUGUUGCAACCCUGUCCAGUUUAUCUGGGAGAAAGUCCAACUGAACAUAGUGAGGCUCACUUGCAAGGAGAAGUGCUUAGGAUUGUGCUGCAUUAUUUAUUUAUAAUUGGGUAACAUUAUGACCAAUCUUUCUGUUUCACUGUAAGUCAAAACUUCCUUGGGAGUAAGAUUAUUUUUAUUAUUAAUGUCUAUUCCUUAACAAUAUGUUCAGAUAGUAUUUGAUGAAUGUCACAAGGCUAAAAAUCUUUGUCCUGUUGGGUCGUCAAAACCAACUAAGACAGGUUUGGCGGUUCUGGAGCUGCAGAAUAAACUUCCAAAAGCCAGAGUAGUCUAUGCUAGUGCCACAGGUAUGUACUCUGUUUUAAAUGUGGUGUUGUUUUGUUACUUAAGUUGGUGGAAAGGUAUGAAAUUUAAUCUAGAUAUUUGUUUUCAGGUGCAUCUGAGCCACGCAAUAUGGCAUAUAUGAACCGCCUUGGGAUAUGGGGUGAAGGAACUCCAUUUAGGGAGUUCAGUGACUUUAUUCAGGCUGUUGAAAGAAGGUAAGUUGUCGACUCCAUAUGUCAACUCUUGUUGUAUAAUAUGCAGGCUAUAACUAUGUGGUAGAGCUCAAGAUUUAUAUGAAGAAGAUCCAGCAUGAAAAUGGUUAUCCUCAGUAAGAUGGCUCAUGGGAAUAGUCUGACUCUAUAAGACAGUUUCAUAUGAGGUGUUAUUUGUUAUCAAGUUGCACAUGGCUCUUGAAGAUUUCCCUGUUUUAGGGGGACAACUCAGGGCUUGAAUUUGAAGGCAACAUUAUUUGCCAGAGGAUGUAAGAACAAACGUUUAAUUCCUAGACAGAGGAGGGAGGAGUAUUUCAUGUGACUCAGAAAUGAAACUGAUACGAUACUAAAUCUGGGGAGCUGCAUGAAACAAAAUGGAGACUUGCUGUAGGAAAAUCUGAAAUGCUUUCUAGUGAAAUAUAGUGAAUUGCCUUAUUCAAAAUUCAUGCUUGUAAGUAGAAUACCUAAAUGUGAAGACUAUUCAGUUCAGUGCCAAACUUCCUAGAGAUGCAAAAGCAGUUGUGGGAUGAUCUUGUCUGUAGAGGUCUCUGUCAAUGAUGGCAAGUAAAGGACCCAUUUCUACCUUCAAAAGCAUAUACUGCAUUGCAUUGUGUCACUUGGAAGUUUUAUUUUUUUAAAAAAGUAUCUAUAUGCCACCAUACUAAAAUAUCACUGUGGUAUAAGAAUCAGACAUAAAACACCAAUAUAAAUGGUCCAAAACAAUUACUAAAGUGAUUAGUCAAGAAAGUUUUAAAUCAUCAUCAACCUUUAUUAUGGUCCAGAGACCCAACAAAUCGUUACAAAGCAAUACACAAUUCAUACAGCCUACCUCCAGGUUAAACAAGCAUUUCGUUCAGGAAGGGGGUGAGAAUGCCUUCUGGUUCCUCAGUUGUAUGAUCCCAGGAGACUUUCUUAUUUGAGGCAAAGUCCAUGUCGUCCAUUGAUGUAAAUAAUAGAAAGCUUGACAGAUUCUCUCUUCUCAUGUCUAUAGUGUGUUUUUAAAAUAUGGUGCUUGCAACUCAGUCUGGUGGUGGUGUCAUUUUGUGAUAGUGCUUGAAGAUAUUUGUUCCAUUGAAAAAUCAUAUUUAAUCAGGCUUUAAUACAACAUUAGCUUUCCCUAAUAAAUCCAAGAAUUCUCUAUUUUAAAAUAAUUUCCAUCUUAUAAAUUACCUUGAUGGUUCCUUUCUGUUUGUUUGUUUUCAGAGGUGUAGGUGCCAUGGAAAUUGUUGCUAUGGAUAUGAAGCUACGAGGAAUGUAUAUAGCAAGGCAGCUGAGCUUUUCGGGUGUAACCUUCAAAAUUGAUGAGGUUCAGCUUUCACAUCACUAUGUUAAAAUGUAUAAUAAAUCUGUAAAAAUGGUAAGUGUAUUUAAAUACAGCAUUUUACAUGUUAAACUAGGCACUGUACCUUUUGAAUUGUAGUUGAACACACAGACCCUAAUCCAGACUGGUGUAGGGUGGCUGACCAGGUGGGUCCAAGGUGUGGUAAAUGAAUAUUUGCAGGAUGGGGAGGUAACUGCCACUCUUAAAGAUGCAGUAGUGUGCCUGCUCCUCAGUUGGUGGGAGGGGGAGAGUGAACCCCACAGUUUGUGAAAGCUGUUGCCCAGUUGCACAUGUUCUUGGGGAAGGUGCUCAAGAGGGUGAUGGCCAUCCGGAUGUUAUUGAAGGACACAGAUUAUCUGGACUCAUUCCAGUUGGGGUUCAGGCCUGAGUUAGGGACUGAGCCAGCCCUGGCUGCUCUCAUGGAGGGCGGAAGGGGAGGUGCCACCCUCUUUCUCCUCUUUGAUCUCUCAGCAGCUCUUAAUACCAACACCCGUGGUAUUUUGCUAGAUUGGCUGUGUAGGUUGGCAGUUGGCAGUACGGUGGUUCUGCUCUUACCUAAAGGGUUGUGUUAAGGUUUGUGGUGGUGGCCCUCCACAUAUGUUGAAGCAUACGAUGCAGUAACCUGAGAAAGAUCCUUCUUGGUGCUGAUGCUCCAGUUGGGGAACUUCUUCCACCUGACACAUUACCAUUAUCAUUAUCAACUGAAGACAUUGCUGUUUGUUGGGUAUUUGAAGCCUGUUAAUUUAAUGUUGCCUGUUAAGACUAAUACCACUUGAUUCUUUAAGUAGUGUGUUUUAAAUUUAUUUAUUCUACACGUGAGAUUGAUAUUACAAUAAUAAAUAAUAUUUUAAAUAAUUCAAAUUAGUCAUGGCUAACUUAUCCCAUUGAUUUCAGUGCUAUGUGUAAAUUCUCUGGAUUGAGACAUGCUUGUACUAUGGAAAUAAAAAUAUUUCCUUGAAAAGUUGGUUUUCAUGCUCUUAUUGGUGAAGGCUUAGAAAGAAGAUAGGAGAACAUGUUUUUAAAUGUUUCAAAUAAGUUAUUUUAUUAUUUUAUCACUGAUGUGUUUCCCAUCCUUUGAAAAUGCGUUUUUUUUUACUGGACCUCUCAAUGCAUAUUUGUAAAGCCUGUAAGAGAUGGCUGUCACUUGUCCUGACUUUUAAAUAUUCAGGUGUGUGUGUCUUGUACAUCAUAAUGUAACUGCAGUCUUCAGAGUCAGAUUAAAAGCACUAAUGAUAAAAUUAUUGAUUUGAACAAAGUUACAGCGAUCAUUCUAUAGUGCAGUAGUUUAGAGGGAAUCCUGGGACUCCUCAAUGAGAAGAUCAGUGCAGUGAGUGAGUUCCCCUGAAAGACAGGAGACUCAUUGUUGCUAGUCUUCUUUGGCAGUGUUUUAUCAUGGGGUAUAUUCUUGGGUGGGGAUGGAGAGUCUGUGGCUCUCCAGAUGUUGGAUUUCUAACUCCUGUCAGCGCCAGCCGGCAUGGACAGUUAUUAGAGAAGAUCAAAGUUGUAGUCCAACAUCUGGAGGGCACCAGGUUCCGUCUCCCAUUUUAGGGUGUAUUCAACUCAUAGAAGGCAACGCUGAGGUCCUGUAGUUAUUGGCAGCACUCUUUCUGAAUUGACUAAGCACCUUAGAACAAUACAUCCUUGAUUCCCUGAAGGUAGCAAGUUAGAAAACAACUGUGAUAAACUGAAACAUUCUUGGACAAAUCAUCUCAGGUUAAUCCUGCUGUGAUGGUAAAGUUAAACUGUAGAAGUUCAUCAUGUUUACUUAUAGAAAAAUUUCUGGUGUUCCUUUUUCAGUGGGUAAGUGCCAGGGAGAAAUUCCAGCAAGCAGCCGACCUCAUUGAUGCUGAGCAGCGGAUGAAGAAGUCUAUGUGGGGCCAGUUCUGGUCUGCCCACCAGAGAUUCUUCAAAUACCUCUGCAUAGCUUCCAAAGUGAAAAGGGUGGUACAACUAGCACGAGAAGAAAUAAAGAAUGGCAAAGUAAGUUUCAGGUUGGCCUUGACUCUAGAAUGUUUUCAAAACAUGGCUUCAUUUUCUCAGGGGAAUGUCAGAGUGACCGGAUGUGUGUGGAUGGGUGGGGUUGGAUAUGCUUUGUAUAUUUGGAAGAGCUUUAAACUGAGUGUCCUUUUCUCUCUCCAGUGUGUAGUCAUUGGGUUGCAGUCCACAGGGGAAGCAAGAACCUUAGAAGCUUUGGAAGAAGGUGGUGGGGAACUGAACGACUUUGUUUCCACAGCAAAGUAAGUCUCCUAUCAGUCAUACAAAUCUGGGAGAAGUAACUUAGUUUUUUAGGUUCUUGUAAAAUGCAGAGAAGUGUACAAUAAAAAUCAAUAUAGGUUUCGCCAGCAAGCUUACUAAAAAAGGAACAUGAAGGGAGGGAGGGCUCGCUAAAGUGGAGGAGGAAGAGGGCAGGCUAAUCAACUGCACUUAGUCUUUCAAUGCUGUUUUAAAACUGCAAAUGUCGGAGAUGUUUGUCCAGCAGUUGCCUUUUUUCUUCACCCCAAGCAAUCAGAAUUUCUGGAAACUCUUGGAAUCCGAAUGAGAGCGUACAGUGAUUGAGAACAAUAGGAAAGAAUAUUACAGAACUUAAUUGAUCUUUUAUCCUGAGGAAAAGUUCGUGCCAGCUCUAAAAUCAUCGCAUAGCUGCUACAAGUUUCUUGUCUUUCAUUAUAGGUGCUGUACAUAAGUUCAUGUAUUCACUGGGUUGUAUCCAGCAAAGUCAUUGCAUAAGUAGAGCAACCUUUGCUUCCACACCAGAGCAUCCUCCCCCUGCACACCCCAGAUUGCUCUGGUGUAUUGGGAGGAACCCUGGGAGCAGACCUGAGGUGUAUGUGGGUUGUGGGACGAAAAGAAGCAGAAGCCAUGCGACUUGCACAGUGACUUUGCUGGGUAUAGCGGCACCUUGUAGGCUGAUUUUAAGUUAAUUUUAAAAAUCUUAUCUCUGACUGCAAAAUGUUCUUUUAAUUAUGCAGCCUUCUGCUGCAUCAUUGUUUAUAGAAUCAUAGAAUUGUAGAGUUGGAAGGGACCCUGAGGGUCAUCUAGUCCAGCCCACUUCAAUGCAGGAAUCUCAGCUAAGGCAUCCAUGGCAGAUGGCCACCCAAUCUCUGCUUAAAAACCUCCAAGGAAGGAGAGCCCAACAACUCCUGAAAGAGUCCAUUCCGCUGCCCAACAGCUCUGUCAGAAAGUUAUUUCUGAUGUUUAGUCGUAAUCUCCUUUCUUGUAACUUGAAUCUAUUGGUUUGGGUCCUGCCCUCUUGAGCAGGAGAAAACAAGCUUGCUACAGCUUUUGACAGCCCUUAGAUAUAUGAAGAUGGCUAUCAUAGUCUCCUCUUUUCCAUGCUAAGCUUACCCAACUCCCACAAACAUUCCUCAUAAGGCCUGCUUUCCAGAACGUCAAUAAUCUUGAUCACCCUCCUCUGCAUACAUUCCAGCUUGUCAGUAUCCUUAACUUGUGGUGCCCAGAACUGGACACAGUGCUCUAAGUGUGGUCUGAUCAAGGCAGAAUAAAGUGGUACUAUUACUUUCUGUGAUCGGUUUGCCUCUGGAGCUGUGGAAAUUGCAAUUUCAUGUAAGAGGGGAGAUGGUUUCUAAGGUCUUUGGUUUCUUAGUUGAUUGGUCUUUGUUCAAGCAGCAUAUAAUAUAGUGUGCUUUCAGUGACUCUCACAUGCCAAGUCAUGGUCCUUCAUAAUUUUCUGCCAUGAUGCAGUACUGUGGAUGGUCUUCUUUUGAACAGUAUUGACCCAAGACUAACCAGUCCCCAUCUGAUUCAUUGCCGCUCUUGGUGCGGCAGUUCAGACUGAAUUGAGAUUUAAUAGCAUCUGCCUGAAACAAGUCAGACCUUCAAGAAGAUACUACAUAAACAGCAGCAUUUAAAAAUGCUGGGAGAAGAGAAAUUUUAGGUUGCCCAUUCAACCAAGCAAAACUGUUUUUUCUUUUUUAAAUCUGCAGGGGAGUAUUUCAGUCUCUCAUUGAGAAACAUUUCCCAGCUCCUGACAGGAAGAAGCUUUUUAGCUUGCUGGGAAUCGACUUGUCUGCUCAAAGUAAUAACAACUCUCCUAGAGACAGCCCUUGCAAGGAGGACAAAAUGAAGAAACGCAAAGGUACAUAGUUGUAAUGCUAUUCUAAUAUAGUUAAGAUAGUGGUUAGAGUUUUGGACUAGGACCUGGGAGACCAAGUUUCAGAUCCCCACUUGGGCAUGAAGCUCACUGGGUGAACUUGGGCCUGUUUCUCAUUCUAACCUACCUUACAGGGGUGUUGUGGGGAGCAAAUGAGGGGAAGAGCCAUGUACGCCACCUUGAAUAUUGGAUACAGAUGAAAUGAAAUAGGAAAAUCUAGCAGUAUUGGCAAGUAACUGUGUUCACAGGUGUGCAAGGAAGACUAAUCAGCAAUUGUAUAGAGCAGGGAGUCUUGGCACUGGGUCACUGAAGAACUAAUUCAAGCUACCGGUACACUGAUUUUUACCCACACUCAGCUGCAAGUUCUUCCUUAUUUGAACAGACCAUAGCGUCUGUCUUCUGCUGUGAAGCUUUUUGUCUGAAAUACUUACUAUGUUUGUCACUUUCUCUAAUGCCUGAACUGAUUUAAAUAUCAAGAGAUGUGAAAGGCAAAUCUCAUUUGAACCACCCCUUUUGUAAGUGGUGCUCAUUUAAUUUUGAGUGUUCAGAAAUUGAUUGCAGAGGGCUUUGCACUGCUCAUUCUUACUAUAUAGGGACUUAAUAGUCCUGCUGCACCACAACAAACAAUAGAACCUUCAGCAACCCCUGCUGUUAUAUAUGCCUCCCAUCCCAGUUUCCAUAUCAGAGUGACCAGGGUCUUAAACUGCUUUGCUCCCAUGAGGACCCUUCUCUCCAGCUCCUUAACUUUGUGUAAAAUAUUAUAAUUGGUACAGUAGGUGAUAACAGCAGUGAAAUAUCAUGACUUGUUACAGGAAAAGUCUCCAUACAGUUAGAACAAGCAAAGGAAAACUCACACACAUACGUACGACCUUGGGUUUUUAACAUUUGGCUUGUAAACUUGGCAAUGUCCUGUGAGGUGCUCUCAUCUCCAGCCCUUUUUUAUCAGUUCCAGUGAAGCUGUAAUUUUAUACUUUGAAGAAGACUUGAAAGGAAGCCUGUUAAUGUGCAAGGAAUACAACAGGACCCUUUCCCCCCUUUUUCUUUUUUUCUUUUUUUUGAUAUGGUUUUCCACCUUGUUAAACAUACAUAAAUAAUAAAAAAUCUACAAAGUCUUUGCUAACAACCCAUAGAGAGAAUAGUGGGGGUAAAUGCCACUCAGUGAUAGCCACCUCUUAAUUACUUUUCAUAUGAAAAAGGUGAAGAAAUAAGCAGAGAAGCCAAGAAAGCGCGUAAAACUGGCGGGCUAGCUGGGAGCAGUUCUGAUGAAAGCUACAGUGAGUCGGACAUCUCGGACAAUGAAGAGAGUGACAAUGAGAGCUCCAGGUUUUUAAGCUCUGGGGAAGAUGAUGACUUCAACCCAUUUAAGGAUGAAUCUAGCGAGGAUGAUGAAGAUGGUGAGAUAAUAAUGGGUAUCAUGUAAUUUAGUAUUUCUUUUCAAUUGUUGCUUUGUUGCAUGUGCUGCCACUAUUCACUGUAGUAUUACUUUGCGGAGGCUGAGUAUAGUACCAUCACAUUUUGUGGGGGGAUUACGCUCCAGGGAUAUACACACAAGCAUGUAUACUUGAACUACUCGCCAUGCAAGCAUCCUUACCUUUCUGGAGCCAUCUAGUAAGUGGGCCUUGAUCAGUUCUAGAAUACUCUUGUUCAAGCUCUGGAGUGCUCUCGUAAGAGAGUUCAAGUUCAAGAGGCUGUUCAAGUUCCCACAAGAUCUUGCAAGAGCCAUGUAAGCAAGGCUUGGAAGCUUCUGUGCUGGGAAAACCCUGCACAAAAGAUCUUUUAAGCUUUCUGCUUUCCAUACAUUUCCAUACAUUUAAUUUGUGUGAUUUCAGCCGGCCAACCUUUAACCACAUAGAGCUGAAACCGCAUGUGUUAAAUGUGCAUAAGUUACAAUUGUACUGUUUUUCAUUAAGCUGAUACAAGAUUUACCUACAAAAGAAAUUGCUCUGGUGCAUAAUUUUCAUAUUUUUCCAGAAGCCUUUUUUCCUCCUUUAAUACAUUUUAUUUUUUUUCAGACCCCUGGCUAAUUAGGAAAGAACAUAAGAAAAAUAAAGAAAAGAAAAAAAAGAAAAGCAUAGACCCAGAUUCCAUUCAGAGUGCCUUACUAGCGUCUGGACUUGGAUCCAAACGGCCCAGUUCUCUUUCUUCCACAGUAGUUACCUCCUCUACUACAAAUACGUCUGGUAUGUUGAAUGUGCAGCUUCUGAAUUGGCUUUUGAAGCCAGAAUGCUCCUUCCAGCAAGGGAAACAGCACUUUCACAUUUCUAAACACCACCAUUCCUUUUUUUAUAUAUAUGCUGCAGCUAACAGUAAUACACAUACCAGCUAUGUAACAAGUCAGGAUGCUGUUGAGAGAGCCCAGCAGAUGAAAAAGGAGUUGCUUGAUAAAUUGGAAAAACUAUCAGAAGAUCUUCCUCCUAAUACACUGGAUGAACUUAUAGAUGAACUGGGUGGUCCUGAGAAUGUGGCUGAGGUAGGUGCUGGAACUCAAGUAACUGUGUGGGAAGCAGACCUGUAGUUUGAGGUGUUAUGGUGUGCAAACAUAAGAGCAGGAAUUGCUACAGAACAUCCACAUACCUUAACAUGUUUAACAUUAAAUGCAGUUAAAUAAAGAUUUGAUAAACCAAAACAUAAUUUUAUAAAAUAAAGCCUAGUGAUGUUCAUUCCAGUGCCUUUGCAUUAAUUGGCCUAGAGUCAAACUACCUUCCACUAAUAACAGGGGUAGCAAACCUAUUUUAGCCUGAGGAUUACAUUCCCUUCUGGGCAGCUGUUGAUGAGGACUGCCUGUCCACCCGCCCUUUCUUUCACUCUCUCUCUCUCUUAUAUCAACAACACGGAUGGUGACAUUGUCAAUAAAGAAAGAAGGUAUUGCCUUCAGUGAUUAGAAGUCCAGAGUUUGGGGUAUCCUGAGCUUUAGGUGAUGAUGCUUCCAAGUGGAAAUAUAAGACACUAAUAGAUAAGGAAUUGAAUGGAAGGCAAAAGUUAUUGGGUGGAGAAGUAGGCUUGGAUGUCUUCAGCAUGUAGGUGUUUUAGAAAGCCAGCACUACUGUCCUGACUGCCCUGCUCCCCCUCUUUUGUCAAAUAGGAAAAACCAAACAGUUGCAAAAGCAACCUUUUGUUCAUAGAGAAGUUAUUAAACACAAGUUCUUCUGUGUCCCUUUAAAAAUAACUCACUGGCUUCUGACCGGUCACUAUUUCACCCCAAACCCACCAACCCCUCAGUUCUUACUUCCGUUGGAGUGAGCCUUCAGGUGUUAUCAGGACACAUGAGGAGAAUAAGGAAACCAGAAUUUAUCUUAACCUAAAUGUUUGUUAGGGCGAGUCAGGCUUUGGACACAAACUCUGCUAGAAAUGGGCAGCAUGUUUAAUCAUACAAGCUUUCUCUUGAGUGCAUGUGAAAUUGCUUGGAAGUAUUUAAUAGAUUCCUAAAAGCACUAUUUAGCAUGCUGAAACAGGUCAUUCUUCCCAAGAUGACAGGUCGCAAAGGGAGAGUCGUGAGUAAUGACGAUGGCAGCAUUUCUUACGAGUCCAGGUCUGAGCUAGAUGUUCCUGUUGAAAUCCUAAACAUCACAGAGAAGCAAAGAUUCAUGGAUGGAGAUAAGGUAACCAUUUUCAUUACUCUACAUCAGUUCUCAAGGAAAGAUUCAUAUAAAAUAGAUGGACAGAUGUCAGGGAGAUCUUGGCAGUAUUUUGGUUGGGUCUGCACUAAGAUACAGCCAAAAUGGUCCCUGUCCUCUUCAGCAGCCUCACCUUUUGUAGCUGGAGUCAGUCAGGGUCCUGCCCUCCCAGGACAGGUGGAAAAGGCCUGCAGGUCUUCCAGGACUCAAAGCCAAGAUGGUCUCUAUCAAACAAGAGCAGAACAGUAACAGGAAACCUCUGACUCCGUUCUCGAUAAAAGACUGUUAAAACAGUUACUUAAAACAUUCAAAAGAUUAUUAAAGUUAAUAGUAGCUAAAGAGGUAAAAUAGAGAUAAAACACAUGUAACUUCUGUUUCAUUAAAGGUGACUUGGAGAUCCCUUCUGCAUGCAAAGAAUGUGAUCUGCCUUUUGAAUUACAGUCCAUAGACAUAUUAAAAUUUAAAAAUCCAACCUUUCCAUUCUUUCUCUCUUAAAGAAUAUUGCCAUCAUUUCGGAAGCAGCCAGCUCUGGUAUUUCAUUGCAAGCAGAUCGACGAGCCAAGAACCAGAGGCGAAGGGUACAUAUGACUCUGGAGUUGCCGUGGAGUGCAGAUAGGGCAAUACAGCAGUUUGGUAAGCAGUUUUGUCUUGGCUUUACUUGGAAAUGAUGCUUCUUUGUCAGGCACAUAAUGUUGAGUAAGAUUUGCAGUAAGAGAGUUUUAGCAGAGUAGCCUAUUUUUGCAAUGCUGCUAAACAGAUGUGUGUAGGCUCUCAAAUUACAUAGUGUUCUGAUAAGUAAACUAGAGUUCAGUCUAUGCUAGGUUUUGCACAGUACCAGAAGAUAAUGAAAUCUGACAACACAUUGAUCUGUACAUAAUGGUAGGAUUCUUCGAACAGAGUUUUCUAGUUCUGUCUAGUUUGAGUUGUAUUUCCAUUGCCACAGAGACAAACUACUGAACACAAUUCAAUCUGUGUCUAUGGAAGAAGUGACUUGCAAGGCAGUUAAGUAUUCACUUCUAAAACAGUUUCCUUAAAAAGUAAAGUUUAAAUUCUUGUUUCUUUACUUAGGGUAUAUCUGAGCCAAAAUGUAGCUUCAAACACAAGCAAGUUGAAUCUUCAUAGUUCAAUAAAAAUUGUUUGUCUUCAAGAGUUAGUCCUCCUACUAGCUCCAAGGAUAGAGUGAUUCAAAUUUGCUUAGGCCUGGUGUUGCCCACUCCGCAGAGAGUGGUCUUUCUUUCUUUCAAGUCAAUACUAUGUCCAGACUAUUUUUGGCAAUGAACAUGGGGUUUGGACAGGUUCUGGUGUUUGUGGAUUGUGUUCCCUUCUUGGUGUGUGUGGGGUCUUAUCCCGCCAGUGUACAUUUCCUAGGCCUGUUGUGCCUCAUAUGAACUGACUAUGGGGUGUGGCACUCAUCUUGCUUCAGGCCAGGGGAUCUGAUGUUUGUUCACAGACAGCUUUCUGAGUCUAAACCGCUUCUGGCGCUACAGUACACCACGGCAGAAGCCAGAGCGCACGGAAACGCCGUUUACAUUCCUGCCGCAGCAGGACCUAUUUACUACUUGCACUGGCAUGCUUUCGAGCAGCUAUGUUGGCAGGAGGUGGAACAGAGCAACGGGGGCUCAUCCUGUAGCACAGAUUCAAAAUGAUGACCUUCCAAUCAGCAAGCCCAAAAGGCUCAGUGGCUUAGACCACAGCACCACCCGUGUCUGUGGUUGUAUACUGAAAGGAGGAUAUGAUAGCAGUUAGCAAGCUAUUGGCUAUUCCCGAUUUUCACAGAGGAAGCUUUUUUUCUUGGCAGGCCUGUGUGGCUGUUUAAUUUUAAAAUUUUUGAUCAGCUGCUCAAUUUAUUAUAUGUAUUGUUGUUUUCAUAGUGUUUUCUAUUCUCCUGUUAUACCCCACCCUGGUAUUUUAUGAUGUGGCAGUAAAGAAAUGUUUUUAUAAUCAUAAAAUAAACCUCUUAUUAAUUUGUAAGGAACCACAGAAUUCCCUGGAAAACAGUUUGAGAUGGUUAAUUGAAUCAUUUAUUUUAUUGUUGUGAAGAACGUGGCCUCCAAAUAUACCUUUGUUUUCCUAUCCAAUAUUUUUGAGAAUGGGUGGCUGAUGCUGGGUGACUUGAGUGAACAAAACCUCUUUUUCUUCCUAUCCAGGCCGAACUCACAGGUCCAACCAAGUGACCGCACCAGAAUAUGUCUUCCUAAUAUCUGAACUGGCUGGAGAACAAAGAUUUGCGUCAAUCGUUGCCAAACGCCUGGAGAGCUUGGUAAGCGGAUUGUUGGGUGUAGCUUUGACUAGGAAAUUCACUGCAAGCGAGCAGAUUUUGAUUAAAGACACAGAAACACAUUUGAAAACACAUUUCUCAAUUAUACCAGGUUCUGUUAAAGUUGAAAACAAAGGAGAAAACAUCUAAGAUUCUGUGGUCUAGAGAGUGGCUCUGGUAUCUCAGAUUGUGUGGGGUAGGGGUUCAUAGGGGGAUUUAAGCAAUUCCCAAUUUAUGUUAAUAUGUUGGAGACUCAGUACAAAUCAUUGGGUAGAUGCAGGAUGGGGAAUCUGGCCCACCAGAUGUUGCUGGACUAUAACUCGCAUCAUCUCCAAUUGCUGGCUUUGCUAGGAGAAUCUGGUGGGAGAUGGAGUCUAGCAUCUUCUACAGGGCAACAGGUUUCCUAUCCCCAGUAUAGAUUGUACUUUACUCUGCAGAAUGAACAGGAUCUGUCUUGUGGACAUGAUCAGGUGUUCAAAAUGUACCUCCCAUCAGUGAGAGGUAGAUGAUGAAGGGCUCUGUGUGGGAGACAGAGUAGAAAAGAUCCCCCAGGGUGGGAGUCUUGGGGAAGAAACAGAAGUUCCCAGGUGGGAGCUGGGGAGGUCUACCUUUUUGUAUAUGGUUAAAGGACAUGAUACAGUUGUGAUAGAGGGCUUUUAUAUCUCCCCCUCCCCCUUGCCGUUUUAUUUUUGUUUUCUCUUAUUUUGGCUUUUCUGUAUCUCUUUUUUUGAUUAGUUUGGCUUUUAUUGUAUCUUAUGUUGAAAACUUUCAAUAAAAAUAUUUAACGAAAAAACAACAACCCAUCUUUAUUGGCUGUGGUCGUACAAGUCACUACCUGAUGAGCCUUAUUCUCUGACAUACUUUUGGCUUCUUAUGCCAACUUUUUGUAAUAUCUUCCAUGCUCCUGGAUGAUUAAAUUCUUAAUCAAGUGGGCAAAAUGUACCUCUCAUCGAACAAAAUUGCACUAUGUUUGUUAUGUGCUGAGGCACAAGCAAAUUGGGUUGGAUCCAGAAAUAAGCAUAUCAAAGGGGGCUGGUGGAAACAGAAUUUCCCACCCGCUCCUCAAGACUCGGCUUCCAUGAGUGAGAGUUCUGCUGGAAGAAGGCACCUCUAUCUAAUUUUGAGAGCUCCCUUUGUCUCCUGCACUCCAGGUCUUCUCCAGUCAACAGGUCCCGACUCUCAGAGAGGAAGGGCUGGAGACUGCAAGAGGGAGGAGGGAGUGGGAAAGUCCAUUUCCACCAGCCCCUUCAUUAUGCUUAUCUCUGGAUCCAGGCUGUUGGCUUCAGAUGAUAGGCAUUCUUCAGCAGAUAACUGAAAUAAUGGUGAAUAAAGAUGUGUUAAGCAUUUAGGAGAUGAUAUAUUAUAAAAACAACUUGGUCUCAAAAUUAUUGUCUCUUGAUAGGGAGCUCUCACUCAUGGCGACAGAAGAGCAACAGAAACAAGAGACCUCAGCAGGUUCAACUUCGACAACAAGGUAAGCAAGACACCUUUUGAAUAAAGCACGCCUAUCUUGCCUUGACACUUUAAAAAAAAUAGGCUGUUAUGGGGGGGGCGGUUCUUUGCAUCAUUAUCCUUUUCCCUUUUGGGGUUAUAAGCUCUGGAAGUUCCCCAGGCAUCCUGGGCAGAUUACAGCACAUACAAAAACAUAGUAAAACAUUAAACAAUAAAAACUGCCUGUAUAAAUUGGCCAGAUUUUGGAUGUGAAAGGCAAGUGUCCUAACUUUCUAGGGGACAAACAUAAUACUUUUAAAAGAAGGAUGUUUGUAUUUUAUGGUGGCUACAAUAGUUUUCCCCCGCUCUCAUUAACAGUAUGGCCGAAAUGCGUUGGAAAUAGUGAUGAAGUCCAUUGUGAACUUAGACUCACCGUUGGUGUCUCCACCUGCUGACUAUCCAGGAGAAUUCUUUAAAGGUUUGUGAAUUUUUUGAAAAAAUACUGAGGUGAUAAUCACAUUUAUCAGUGAAGGGAAACAGUUUCAUAGAGUGAAUUAAAAUUAUGUACUCUAAUUGUUUGGUGAGACUAUAUGUCCCUUUUCCUAACAACUAAAUUCAACAGUUCCUUUUGAAAUUGCAUGAUCUGUUUUCAGAACUUGGAUAUGAGAGUACAAAUGGUUUGGGUUAAUUAUGGCAUUCCAGCUACGGAAUCGUUGGGCCUUUGGGUAGUAGAUAACAACACCUGUUUGUACUGCCAUAUGACCUCUCUUGCACAUUGAAUCAGUUGUGUUAGUUUUUAGGGGAGGGAAACCAUCAAAGGUUUGGUUACAUUUCACAAAUACUGAUGGUACUUAAAUUACCUUAGUAAACUAGUAAACAGCAAGAAUGGAACCCAUGACAGCUUCACUUUGUUCUUCCUAGAUGUCCGUCAGGGUUUAAUAGGUGUGGGCCUAAUAAAUGUAGAAGACCGGUCUGGAAUUCUCACGCUUGACAAAGGUACUUGCUCCUUUUUAAUGUCUAUGUAACUGACUUUAAAAAAAAUUUUAAAAAAUCUGUAAUGGCCUUGUAAGUCAACAGCAAAAUUUGAAAGGGUUGUUUUCUAUGAGUAGACCCAUUGAAAUUAAUACAUGGCUAACUUUGGUCCAUUCAUUUCAGUGGGUCUACUCUAAGCAGAACUUGGCUGGAUACAGGCCGAAGUCUUCAAGUGUGACUAUACAAAGCAAAGCUACGCUUUCAGAUAACACAGUGAUCUGAAAUUGGUAGUGUGCUUUUGAAGUCCUUUAUGGCUCUAAAGACGGAAGCCAGCCUGUCUCUUUCCCUCUGCCUCACUGACCUAAUACAGAAGGGGGCUUGGGAGGGGGAGGAGAAGAACUUAAUGCAGCUUUUAUGGUUAGAUUUGAGGUUGGUAGGGUGGGAAGAAACUGCUCAGACAGAGUUCAGAAAGAGUGUGUACCUCAUACACUUGCCUAUAUCCUUGCUCAUAAAAUAAUCUAGAAUGCCUAGUAUAACUAAGGAAGAAAUACUACAGAGUGCAAAUAACUUACUGAGCUAGAAAGGUGGGCAGUUGGUGCCUACACAAGGGGGUUAUAGGGAUACGUCAGCUAUGACCUCCAUCUGCAUCUACAUAAUGCAGUUGUAACCUUGUGAUGAGCCAUGAGACAGUGGAGUAGGUGCCAGACAGAUCUGCCUCUUCAGAGAAUUGGAGAAUACCCAUAAAUGUAUUCUGUAUGUCUCUGAACUUUAAGGGAGAUUGUUUCACGAUUUGUCUUACAGUUAACCAAUCCAUUUAUGUAGGAUCUUGGUUGCAUUCAUUGUGGGUGGAUGACUUGCAUUUAUAGCGAGGGUGGGGCUGUGUGUACUGUGUGCUUCAAAAAAUAAAUUAUUUUCCAAGACAGCUAACUUCAUCAACUAGUUUUAAUUAUACCAAUCGAGGAGAUUUGUAUUCCAUCAUUUCUCCUGUUGUGCACAAUUCUGGUUUUACUAGCAGAGGUGCUUGUAGAUAAAGUUGAGCCAAAGAGCUAUGGAGAAUGCUGCCGUGCUCCCCGCAGCUACGGGAAAUGUUGAAAACAGGAGCUGAAUUUGGUACCCAAUACAGCACACUGCAGGUGUUUUGUGCUUCUGUAGAAUUGUGGCAUGACCCUGCAAAGAAUUGGCAGACUCCUCCUUGUUCUUGUGGCCCUCCAGAUGUUGCCAAACUAUGGCUCCCAUCGUCUUUGACUGUUGACCAUUCUGGCUAUGACUGAUGGGAGCUGGGAGUCCCAAAAACAUCCAUAUGGCCAUAGGUUCCUGCCUUCUGUUUACACUGCCAGGAUUGUGCUUUUCCACCGAUAAAACAAAGAUGAAAGAUGAAAUAAAAUGCUGUGUUUCUCCCCUCCACUCCCCCCCCCCAAAUAUCUGUCUUAAAGUGCUUCAUCUCCUCUUGUUCUAGAUUACAACAAUAUAGGGAAAUUUCUAAACCGGAUUCUGGGUAUGGAAGUGCACCAGCAGAAUGCUUUAUUCCAGUAUUUCUCAGACACGUUAAAUGCAGUAAUACAGAAUGCUAAAAAGAACGGAAGAUAUGACAUGGGCAUUUUAGGUAAGAGCAUGAGUUUGUUCGCACAACCUGCUAUGCCAGGCUUUUUUCAGAGCCCACGUUCUUCCACUGCCGGUAAUAGAGGCAGAUGGAAACCAGCCACCACCUCUUUCAGCCUCUCCAAGAAUGAGAUGGUGCCUUGAACGGAUAGGAAGUGCUCCAUGGUUUUAGUAGCAGCAAGAGCCAAACAACUGAAGUUCUUCAGACCUCCUGCCUUGAUUAGUCCCCCGUUUGAGCUCUCCGUCUUUCUGCCAUUCUGGCACCGCAUGCAUAGUCACUGUUUCUUGUGCUGUUCUGUAAUGCUUACUGAGGAUUGCAGUGCCCCAGAUGCCUGGCCUCUAUCUCAUGCCUCUGUAGCCCUGCUCAUGUAUUUCUUGUGAUGGCAAAGCAGGCAGGCUUGAGUAAUGCUGCUUUUAUGUGCCGUGCUGCCUUCUUUUCUUCAGAAAUGCCUCAGAGAGUGAUACGCUGCCUCAGUAGAGGAGGCUGUUCAGAGACUGGUGAUUCCUCCACACAGGAAUCAUUGCAGACUUUUGUUCUUCUCUAUGUCCUGUACUCAUACGCACCUUGUGACUCUCUUUCUUGAAGAUCUGGGUUCAGGAGAUGAGAAAGUGAGGAAGGCAGAUGCUAAAAAAUUCCUCACACCAGGAUAUUCUACCUCAGGACAUGUUGAAUUGUAUACUGUAAGUUUCUUGGUUAAUUGUUCACCUUUGCAUGAGCCACUGACAUUUUUUGUUGACUCUUAAAUGGUAAAACUUCUUGCUAAGUACCCUUUGACUUUUAAUGUAUUUUCUAGAUAAGCGUGGAGAGAGGGAUGUCUUGGGAAGAAGCAACUAAGAUUUGGGCUGAACAAACUGGACCAGAAGAUGGAUUUUAUUUAUCACUUCAGGUGAGAUUGUUCUCUGCAAACUUCCACCCAAAAGCAUGUUAAUUUCAUUGGACAUUAGUAUAUCUUGUGUGUAAUAAAAACAAAAAAAGAAAGGUAAAAAAAGGAGCGGGUGGAUGCUGUGUUCUAAACCACUGAGCCUCUUGGGCUUGCCGAUCAGAAGGUCAGCAGUCCAAAUCCCUGCAACUGGGUCAGCUCCCGUUACUCUGUCCCAGCUUCUGCCAGCCUAGCAGUUCAAAAGCACACUAGUGCAAGUAGAUAAAUGGGUACCACUGUGACGGGAAGGUAAACACUGUUUCUGUGCGCUCUGGCUUCUGUCACGGUGUUCCAUUGUGCCAGAAGCAGUUUAGUCCUGCUGGCCACAUGACCCGGAAAGCUGUCUAUGGACAAACGCCGGCUCCCUCGGCCUGAAAGCGAGAUGAGUGCCGCAACCCCAUAUUCACCUUUGACUGGACUUAACCAUCCAGGGGUCCUUUACCUUUUACCUUCUUACAAACCUAAUAAUUUCUUAAGGUAAUAAAGAAAUAAUACUUGACAUUUAUGCAGUGUCUCUUUAAGCAUUUGAAGCACUGUGUAGUCAGUAUUUCAGGUGGGAGCCUGAGAUUGAGAGUAUGGUGGCAAAAGAUGGAUUUUCCCGGAAUAGCAGCCCCCUCAGACCAGAUCUGGGAGCAGAGCUGAGGUUUGGGUCAGAAGGACAGAACUAUUGCAUGUGCCAUAAAGCUGCCUCCUUGAAAUUUUUGUUGCCUCCUUAACUUCAUCCAACAGUUUCUUUUUUUUCUUCUUCUGGGGAGUGUAGUGUGAUUUAUUGACUGCUACCACAACGUGUGUGUAAACAAGCCGCCAACUCUGCUUCUGUAUAAAACAAAUUCUGUUUUGCGUUUAGGGAUGUGUUUCACCAUCGACAGGACUGUUUUCUUUUCUUUCUUUUUUCCUUUUAAAUUUUUUUUAUUCAUACUUUUCAAGUUUAUACAUUUCACUAAUUUUAUACAUUUCACUAAUUUUACAAUCGUUUUAACAUUUCAAAACUUGACUUCCUUGCCCCUUUCUGCGGUUCCUUAAAUUUAUUUUUAAUAUUUUCUGCUUAUCCAAAUUAACUUAAUUUGCUCAUUUAUUCAUUGUCUUUAAAUAUAUACUCUUAUGAAACCAGGUUAUUACAAUACUCCUGCCAAUGUUUUUAUCUGUUUACAAUGUAUAAAUAUUCAAUAAACCAUUUCCAUUUUUUUAAUAAAAAGGUUGUUAUCUUGAUUUCUUAUUCUUCUGGUAAGUUUUGCUUCAUCCAGCACAUUCUAAACCUGGUCUGUCUUUAAAUAAAUGUUAAAUCCUGACAGUAUCGUAAGUAAUGCAUACUGCAUUUUCACAGUAUCCCCCCCCCUUUUUUUCUCUUCCAGAUACGAAACAAUAAGAAAACUGCCAUCCUGGUGAAAGAAGUGAAUCCCAAAAAGAAGCUUUUUCUAGUAUAUAGACCAAAUACCGGAAAACAAUUGAAAUUGGAGACGUAUGCAGAAAUAAAGAAAAAAUAUAAAAAGGUUACUUGCUUUUUAAAAACAAAAUUAACUAUAACAUGUGGAAAACAUUAAAAUACCACAUAUGUAUUAAACCUAUAAUCUUGCGGAAGGGAGAAACAAAGUAUGCAUGAAUACCCUUAAUAUGCAUUCAUUACAUUUAAAAUACACAGAUCCUAGAUGUAAAGAGUAGUUUAUUCACAUGACCCAUAAUUUGUGCACAUACCCCACCCCUGCUGCUUGCCUCUUCUCACCUGGGCUGCCCUCUCACACACUGGCUAACUACCCAUCUUAUUUACUUCCUACACAAGUAAAGCAUGCCUAGGAUUGCAGCCAUAGUCAAAUGAGAUGACCUUGUGGAAAUACUUGGUGCUGAAUAGUUGGUAUUACAACUAAAUUAGGCAUAAUGCCAAACCAUAAUUUUGGUGUUAAAUAGUCCUCUUCUGCAGGGCCUUCUGUUCACAUGUGGCAUCCUCCCUCUCUCCCCCUGGCAAAAUAAAAAUAAAAAUGAUUCUUGUUCCAAAUCAGAGUUGGCCAGUUCUUCCAAACAAGCAAACUCUGAUUUGUGCUUUUCUGCAAGCCAUAGAUCACACCUUCAGACAACUGUUGAGCUAUGGUAUUCUAUCAUUAAGGACUGGGGGCUGCGUGGGCAGGAAGAGCAUGUGAGCCUGAGGUGCCCUGGGAUUCUUCUCAUCCAUGUACCAUGAGAGCAUGGUUUGGCCGUGCAUCUGAAUGGGACCUGUAAAGUUACUCUUAAUCUUGGAAAUCAAGAAGCCAAAUCUGGCUGUAAUAAAUAUGUAAUAUCUAAUUUAUUUCAUUUUCAGGUUCCUUCUGACGAUGCUGUGGCCCACUGGCUAGAGCAGUACACGUCAUCAGCAGACACUUGCACCCAUGCUUACUGGUGAGUUCUUGAAAUGCUGCGGUACAAAAUGCCUAGUGUGGUGUGCUGGGCUUUUCUGAGAAAAGAAACUUCGCAUGGGAGCAUAGUGAAAGCUUCACCACAGCGUUGCAUUGGCAGCUUUUCCACAAGAAAUAGCGAGCCUGAGAUUUGUGCUAGUUCUAACUAGGCUUGAGGAACCUUCUUAGUUCAGAACUAAGUUUAUCCUCUAUUCUUGUCUGACUUGCGUGCUUGAGCAGCUCAUCCUAGUCUAUUGUGUGGCAACAAUUUGUUAUGUAAAAUCAAAGUGUUACUCAGAAAAUAUUGUGGGACAUCAGUAUCCUUGUGUGUUGCUUUUCAUUAAAAAUUGUGUAUGUGUUAAAGAAAAGGAUCUAUCUUUAAGUUUUCCUCCUUUCCUUCCUCUUUCAGGAGAGGCAACUGCAAAAAAGCAAGCCUGGGCCUGGUGUGUGAAGUUGGCCUGCGCUGUCGGACGUACUAUGUCCUGUGUGGUUCAGUCCUAAGUGUCUGGACAAAGGUAGAAGGAGUUCUAGCCUCAGUAAGCGGUACAAAUGUUAAAAUGCAGAUCGUUCGGCUACGGACGGAGGAUGGACAGAGGAUUGUAGGCAAGUCUGAUAAUUUGUCAUUACCUUUUGGUCCAUGUGGCAGUCUUAACUCCUGAAGUCUCUCUAACCUUAAAAAGUGUACAACUAGUUUUAUGUAUUGUUGGUUUCUUGGAACAGAAGUCUCAUUUUGCAUUUUAUUUUAUUUUCCCCUCCAAGGAUACAUUAUAGAAUCUGCAGCAUGUUUCUUUAGUGUCUUACACUGAGGAGCAAAGGGCCUGCAUUUCAUAGUCCAAGAAAAAGUAGGCCUAAAAAGACUGAUGAGAGCAUUUUCAGGAUAUUGUCAGAGAGAACAGCUGGCCGUGAAUUACAAGAAAACCAAAGUCAUGGUUUUCUCAAGAAACUAUAGGGCCCAUAGAUGGCGCAUGGACAACCAGCUAAUUGAACAGGUCAAAGUUUUCAAAUAUCUUGGCCUUAUUUCCCAGUCUACGGGGUCAUGGGGAGCACACCAGAAAUGCAAAAUUCUGACAUGCAUUUUCUACACAAAAGGUGGUAAACCUAUACCAUCAGUAGUGGAAGUGUUCCAGAGCUAAACCACUAGCACAGUUGUUAUAUGGGGCUCAGAUUUGGACAGGCACUCACCUUGAAUCUACGGAAGCUGUCCAAUCAAAGUUCGUAAGGCAAAUUAUCUGUGUACCACCGAGUCCCAAACGCAUCGUUGCGCCUAGAGGCUAAUCUUCCCUCAGUAGAAUUACGGAUCUGGCGUAGGACACUUAACUAUUGGCUUCGCCUAAACUUAAACCCCCCUGGUCUAAUAUCCCUAGUGCUGCAAGAUUGUCACAAGAGCGCCUGGACAAAAAAUGUCUAUCAAAAACUUCACUCUUGUGGUUUAUCACCACAACAGCUACUCACUUUGGGUUUUAGUAAAGCAAACAGUCUAAUUUGUCAGUGCCUAAAUGAUAUUGAGCGUCAGAAAAACUUGGCCACAAUAAGGAAAUUUUGCCCAUGGUAUGACUACAGUGGUGCCUCGCAAGACGAAAUUAAUCCGUUCCGCGAGUCUCUUUGUCUUGCGGUUUUUUCGUCUUGCGAAGCACGGCUAUUAGCGGCUUAGCGGCUAUUAGCGGCUUUAAGAAAAAGGAAACAAACUCGCAAGAACUCGCAAGACGUUUCGUCUUGCGAAGCAGGCCCAUAGGGAAAUUCGUCUUGUGGAACGACUCAAAAAACGGAAAACUCUUUCGUCUAGUGAGUUUUUUGUCUUGCGAGGCAUUCGUCUUGCGGGGCACCACUGUAUUUUCCACCGUCCCAUUUUGACUCUUUGGCACCCUAUCUGCAUAACCUAGCAAUUCUAAAAUGUAGACACACUUUUACUCUCGCUUCCACACGAAAAACACUUAUGUCCCUGUGGAGAUGGCAGUACCGAAUUGGUGGCGCAUCCCCUUCUGGCUUGCACUCUUUAUAAAGACUUGAGGAAUGAGGUUAUCACCCCUCUUUUAUUGUCCAUUCAGGGUCGCCUAACCACUGCCACAGUGACCUUUCUCUUGGCAGAUCAAGAUGAGCAGGUGUUUGACAGCAAAGGUUGCAAGGUUUUUAGCUGGGGCAGUUAGGAAAAGAUCCACUAUUUGACUAUUGAUUCAAAACCCUAAAAUGUAUUUUAUAUAAUUGACUUUUCAUUUCUAUUCUUUGUAUAUUGUAUUGUUGUUUUAUUGCUAUGGCCAAUGGCUGACGUAAAUAAAGAUUAAUUCAUUCAUUCAUUCAUAGUUGAAAAGGUGGAGGGAUGGGUGUACUGGGCUCACCACAAGCCCUUGAUCAUGCUUAAAGUAACCUUUUCUAAUCAGGCCUCUGUCCCCUAAAUGAGGUAAAAAGGGAGGAGGAGUGGUCAGACGGCAUUUCUUGUGGCCAAAUUCUUCUUAAAGAAGGACAGUAUCCCAGAUGCACAGAGAACUUACCUGUUUCCUUAAUAUCUAUGGCAGCAGCUGGUAUCCCUGUGUGUGCACAGUAUAUGGGAUUGGACAUCAAUAGCCACCAUAAAUCCACAAAGCUGGUGAUUGUCCUCAGAGUAAAAGAUUUUAGGUGGUCAGUUAAUUGAGCACCACUCACUGCCUUGGAGUCAAGAAGGACACUGUAGGUUGCUUCCAAGCAGCAUGAAUGUCUGUGAAAUAAGACCCAAUCUUUUCUGUUGCAGGCUUGAUCAUUCCCGCAAAUUGUGUGUCUCCCCUUGUAAACCUCCUUUCGACAUCAGACCAGUCACAGCAGCUUGCAGUGCAACAGCAACAAAUAUGGCAACAGCAUCACCCACAGAGCAUUACCAACUUCAACAAUGCAUAA